UAAUCAUACAUUAAGAUGUUGCUUCAAGUAUGUUAUUAAUAAACCAUAGGUUAAAGAAAAGCACUAGGACUAUAAAUCCGCCAACUACCUCUUGUUCUUCCAUUUCUCACAGCUUAUAUAAAUAUAAAACGCAUACUGUCCACAAAUCCUGACAAUCUCCAUCAUUGACUUGUCCAUUCUUCUUCAUCCAAGAACAACAAAGAUCAGAAAACAAUGUCCUCAAACUCUGCAAUUCCAUUUCUUGUUCUUUUCCACAGCUGUAUAAUAAUGGUCACUUUAGCUUCUGACCCUGAUCCAGUUUUUGACUUCUGCAUCCCAACCACCAUUUCCGAAACCACUUGCAAAAACUCCUCACUUGCCACAGUUGAAGACUUUGUUUUUUCAGGCAUAAAACAUCCUGGAAAGUUCACUGAAACUGGUUUUGCAUCAAUUCCUGUGAAUGUGAAAGUAUUUCCAGGGUUGAACACUUUAGGCAUGUCGUUGGCGAGAGCUGACUUUGAGGUUGGUGGUGUCAAUGUGCCGCACUUUCAUCCCAGGGCGACUGAGGUGGCGUAUGUGCUCGAGGGGAAGAUUUACUCCGGAUUUGUCGAUACUAAGAACAAGAUUUUCGCCAAGGUGAUUGAGCGUGGCGAAGUGAUGGUGUUUCCUAAGGGUUUGGUUCACUUUCAAAUGAAUGUUGGAGACUCCAGGGCUACUAUUUUGGGAAGUUUCGACAGCGAAAAUCCUGGUUUGAUGAAAAUUCCGUCUGCGGUUUUUGGUUCGGAGAUUAAGGAGGAGCUUCUGGAGAAGGCUUUUGGAUUGAGUUCCGAGGAGAUUGCCAAGUUAAGGAAGAAGUUGACUCCCCAUUAAUUGAGGUAGAGAUAAAUUCUGCAGGGCAUUUGAUUUGUUUUCAGGUACUUAGAUUGGUAGCUGUUUGUUGUUAAUUCUUUAGACAUUCUGUAAUAACAUUACAAUUGAAAUUUCGCCUUGAAUAUGUAGCAUUCAAGUACAAUUUCACCAUCAUAUUUUGAUGGUU